AUGUCCACCAUGGUGGUCCAAGAGCACCAUCUCUGGCUGUGUCUGGCAGACAUGACUGAAGCUGACAAGAAUAAGUUCCUAAAUGCUCCUGUCUCUCAGACCGGCCUCUUCGGCGAGUCCGUGGAGAGCUUUGCCCAGCAGUUCUCCGCAGCCCAGAAGCAGACUAAGGCGAUCGCUAAGAUCAUGCCACGGAGGAAGAGAGCUGCCCCUUGUCCAUCAAUGCCGGCUCCUCAGGCUGCCCCUCACUGUGGGCGUCGUGCGGCGGCCGCCUCCAUUCCCCCUUCGGACCACAUCUCCUUUGCGCCCUCCCUCUAUUUCUCCUUAGGACCUGUCCAUGGUGCUGAAAGCCCUGUAGGCUGCCCCUUUCAAGCCUCUACAGUCUGUGAGUCAGAAGUUUCUCACAAUAAAAACUCUGACACUACUCGCUUUGGCUUCGGUGAGGAGGAAAAAACAGAGGAUUCUAUAAUUGAAACAUGGACUGAGUCGAUGGUAAGUGAUUGGUUAAAGUCAAUAGGAAUUAAGGAAACAUACAUUAAAAAGCUUUAUGAUGAGGAAGUGGAUGGCCGGAUCCUUCUUGAACUUUCAGAAGAUUUUCUGAAAAAAGAGACUGGAAUGAAAUCAGGACCCGCACUGUUAAUAAUCAAAAAAAGAGACGAGUUAGUUAGUAGAUCACAAAAAGCCCAGAACCAACAGGAUAAUGUAAACAAACAAGUUUCUAAAAAAACAAACAAUGGAGCAAGUGCAAUUGAAAAGGAUGAAGCAAGAACUGAAGAGAUUAAAGAAGAUUCUGUACCUGUAGUAAAAACAAAGGGUGACUCCAAACUACGGCCUUUUGGUACAAAAGGUGAUGAUUUUACAUAUGUUCAAAACAAUGUACUCAUCAUGCCAGAAUCCGGUGUUACUGAUCUAAUUAGUCCAUGUCAUGAGUAUAAGUCUUUUGCCAUUGCUGCAACACUGGACCGCCAAAGACUCCAGGCCAAGUUUGCAAAGGAACUGCUGAAGUUUGCUACAGGGUGUAUGAAUAUGCGUACAAAUGGCACGAUACAUUUUGGUGUCAUGGACAGUAAAGAAGACCCUAGUUAUGUACAUGGUGAAAUCAUUGGUUUUCCGGUUAAAGAAAAAGACAUGUACUAUGAUGCAUUAGAUUACAUUGAAAAGAGUUUCUCUAGCUUUGAUCAUGAACUUGCAAGACUGUGUAUUGGUGUACCUCAGUUUAUUCAAGUAGUUUGUCCAAACAGCAGCAAGGAACACUAUGUAGUGGAGGUUGAUAUUGAGCCCUCAAUUAGCAAAGUAAAAAAUAAAGUGUUCUCUGUUUCCCUUCCUAAUUUUAACGAGAAAGCAAACAAAGUUCACUUGGAAAAGAAAACUGCUUAUCGUAGAGUGGGUUCAAAAACAGAAUCAGUGGAUGACCUGAAUGAGUUUUACAGAUUAAUCACUUCCAGAGAUACUCAGAGAGAAGAGGCAGAGACAAGGUAUAAUUUCACAGCACCGGAACCAUGCCAGAACCUAGGGAAAAAGCUCACUAUGCUCAUGACAGAUGGAAAGAAACUAAUGGACAAGGACAAAUGGUAUAUUCUUGUUACCAACCAGGUUCAGGCGAAGGAUCUACAAAGCAUAGAUUUUUUGCUCAACAUGAACAUGUUUUGUGUGUUCGACUUUGAUCCAGAUUCCAAUGUGUCUGGAUUAUGCCAUGAAUACAACAAGCACCAUGCAGUGAACCGCCAUUUCAUGCACAGCUACAAAAUUCCCAGUGGCAUGAGCAUCAGAGAGUUUGAGAGUCACCUUCAUUUGUUUGACCAAAUCAGCUGGAUAUUUUGCAAUGGUCGAAGUGACUACAAAGGCAAUGAGCCUCCCUGUGACGAGAAGACCUGGGUUAAAACAAAAAGGACCCUCCUAAAAGAUUGUGUGUCAUUGAUCUGCAAAGAUAUCUUGCCCAAAGGAACCUUUAAAGUAAUCUUUCUUCUUACUUCUCCUGUUGACACACCUUUCCUAAACACAUUCUAUGAAUUCAUUACAGAUAUGGAGGGACAUGAAGACAUAAUCUGCCUUGCAGAAUCAGAAGACAACUUUAAAGAAUGGCAGACCUUUGCUUUAGGAUCCUGUGAAAUGGAAACUGUUAACAAGUCAAGUGUUGUCGGUAUGACAGUAAGUCAGGUGAAUGCAACCCUCCAGCAGGUUCAACCUACCACAACACGAGCCUCAAAGCGAUUGCCAAUUUAUGUCAGAGGGGAGUGCUUACUUGAUACCAGAGAGGAGGAAAUGAGGAGUUCUUUGGAGAUUCUGAGUUUGAACCACUGUGAAGAAACUAGUUCUGAUAUCAUUGAGUCUGAAAAGAAGACAAUUGAGCAGCAGUUUUACCAGGGAGGAAAAGUAACUUGGAUGAAUCUUUGGCUUGCAGAGAAAAAGUUUGUUGGGGAAGUUAUUCAAAGAGAUGCUUACAGUGAGGUUAACAGUCUCCUUAAAGACUGUCUUUCUUGGAGUUUGGAUCGAGCAUCUAUCAGUUGUAUCAACAUUUACCAUCAUCCUGGGAGUGGUGGUAGUACAGUUGCAAGGCAGGUACUGUGGAAUAACAGAAGGACUCUAAGGUGUGCUGUUGUGAAACAUUCCUACUCAGCAUCUGUUGUUGUGGAAGAUGCCGUUUGGCUUCGGGAGUACGAAGAAAAAGAUCCACAAAAAUGCCUCCCUGUGCUCCUGCUUUUUGAAGAUUGUGAGCAAGAGUAUUUAGAUGAUGUAAAGUAUGAAUUGGAAGUGGCUGUCAAUACUAAGAAGAUAGCACGUGGAACUCUAUGCUUCAUUAUGCUAAAUUGCAGACGAUCCCACAAUCCAGAGAAAAUGUGUAAGGAAUCCCCACAACAGAAUGUUUCUGUUACUCAUAAACUUUCAGAUACAGAAAAAAAUGAUUUCUCUAAAAAACGACAAAGGCUUGAAGAACAAUUCAAGCCAGAAUUCAUUUUAACAUUUGUUCUGAUGAGUGAAGAAUUUGAGAGCCACAAAAUCACUGAUUAUGUUAAGCAAUUUGUCAAGCAUUUACUGCAAGGCAUUGACCGCACAUCAGUUGUUACUAAGCUUGUUCAGUAUGUAGCAUUGCUCAACACUUACCUGCAGAAUUCUUUUUUGUCUCUAUCACAUUGUGAAGCACUCCUUGCUCUGUCUAUCUACGUGGACAGAUUUCGACAACAUUCAUUUGAGACGUCUUUAAGUGAGCAGGCUAAGUUGGUCUUAAUACACUUGAGGGAUGAAAACACCUACAUUACCUCUAUCAGAAUCAUUCACCCACUGGUUGCAAAGGAAAUCCUCCACCAGCUUUUGGGUGACACACAACAACAGAGUGAUCUUGCUUUGGAUCUCCUCAACAACAAUGUGCUUUUUGAGCACAGGUUUGGUAAAGAUCAGUACAUGAAGUUCUUGCGAGAUCUGUUCAUGACGCGCCAAAAAAUAAGCAAAGGUGAUGAAUAUGACAGUUUUUUCGCCCCCCUUAUUGAGCAUGUGAGAGAGAAAGAGUGUCCAGAUAAAGCUAUUGAGCUUCUCAAGAGCGCGUACAAGCGUUUUAAUGAAGAUGCACUUUUUGCCCAACAUUUGGCUCGUCUCAAUUACAAGCAUGACAGAUUUGAGGAAGCAGAAAAAUGGGCAUAUAUUGCAGUAGCAAAAGGACCAAACAAUUCCUACAAACUUGAUACCAAAGGUCAAGUAUAUAGGCAUUGGUUCAUAGCAAAAUCCAAAGCCAUGGAACAAACUGAAAAAACACCUGAAAACACAGCAGAUGCUGUGGAAACUGCACUUAAAGCAAUUGAAUGUUUUCAGGCAUGUGUGAAGGCAGCUGUUAAUGACAAUGGGACCAUGGACAAAGCUGGCUUUGUUGGGGUAGUAGAAGUUGGAUGUGUGUUGCUGAAGCUAAUUUCCUCUCUCCAUGUCUUCUCAAAAUCUAACCGUUGCAAGUUCAUAAGAUACCUUCUCACAGAUGAAAUUCCUGUGGAGAUAGAAAAACCAUGGGAACAUUUUCAUUGUAAGCUUAAAAACCUCCAGAAAAUCAUGCUGGAAGCAUUAGAAUGGAUUUCUGAAGACUUGAGUUACUUCCAAACUGACUUGAACAGAGAUGAGGAGAAGACUUCUGAGAACACUAUAAAGCAUCCCAUUCACUGGCUGGUGAAUAAGUCUUCUGCUUAUGGCAAAUACUUUAGCAAUGCUUCUCUUACUACAGAUGAAAACCAAGAUAAGUUAACAUCUCUCAUGAAACAUAUGAAGAUUUAUCAAAAUGGUGGGGGAAACAUCACAACAAUAUUUGCUAUUCUAACCAACCAAAAAUAUAAUGACCCUGUCAGAGUUCUGGAGCACAUUAUUUCAUUUUAUCCAAAUAAUCCUUUGAGGAAAAAAAUGUCACAAAUAGACCUUGUCAAUUACAUAGCAUCACACUUUGCAUUAAGUUCCCUGCAAACUCAGUCUUCUAAGUUGGCUGCAUUUCGGGAUCUACAAAGGUUGAGUCAACAGUUUCCUCAAAAGAAACACAGAUGUUUACCAAAUGCCCUUUUCUUACUUGUCUUACUUUUCUGGCCAGAAGAAUAUGACACAGAGGAGGAGAAAAAACACAAGUGUGAAACUGUUCUCUCUGCUGUUGAAAACCUUCAGAGAAAAUAUGAACAGAAAUUAAAAAACAUCCCUCCAAGGAAGAAGAGGAUCUACACUCAUUUCUUUCUGGGCAAUGGGAAUGGAUUUGAAAAAUUCGUCCACAAGAGUAAAGUGGAAAAGAUCACAAAAUUGUUCUCUGUUUCAGAAAAACGUCAGAAAUGGUUCAGUGGAGAAGUGUGGAAAAUGGCAGAAAUUUCCAAGUUGCUGAAGCGUGUCACAGGGUGGACAGAAGAUGAGAAAGUGUUUCUAGAAAUUCCCAAAGCAAUGACAUUUCAGAUCCCAGCUCUUUAUCCAUCCUCAGUGCCCCACAGCAAUGAGAAUGUCACCUUUUACUUGGGCUUUACUCUAAAAGGACCUGUUGCUUGCAACAUUACAUUGAAAAAUGAAAUGUAGUAUAGACUGUUAUAAGAAUGCAAAGGUUAUGGUUUUCAGAUAACAAAUAUCUUGUAAUGAUCAUAUUGGCCUGAUAUCUGUUUUGUGCUAUUCGUUUCUUGCACUGAUUUGAAGUGAUUUGUAUAUUUUCAAAACUUGCAUUUUAUUUAUUGUACUUGUACUAUGUAGUAGAUUGGUAUUGCUAUAUUUUUACAUAAGCCAAUAUUUUUUCAUAGCUAUUUUAACUGUCAGAAUUAAUGAGAAAUAGUAACUUUUCCAACAUGGUAUUGCAUAUUAAAGUAGCAGUUUAACACAUGUAAGUUUCAAGAUGCAUAUUUGAAGAGUCUUUAUUAGAAAACCUGAAUGGGAGAAAUAUUAUGUAAAUAAAAAACAAAUGUGUAUUUAUUUUUUGCUUUAAUAUACUUUCUUUAUUUUAACUUCUGGAAUUUAAUACUUUAUAACAUGAAUGUUGUUUUGUAUAAAAAUAAAGAUUUAAGUAAACACAACAUGCAGUUUUUAUUACGAAGGGAAAAACAAAAUCCAAACACACAUUGGGUUUUCUGGUUUACAUGAUUCUUUAAGCUACUAUCACAUGACUAUAACACUACUGAAAGAGGACAAUACGCCUUAUUUAUUAUGCCGCCAUGUUGAUUCCAAAACGAGCCUGUGAGGGAUGGACGUCCAGAGUGUGUGCAUUAAUCCUAUUUUCUUGUACCGUAAUGCUGGUCAUUCAGCCACAAAACACAGAAAAUACACUGUUUUAUAAAUGUCCAUAGGACAACCUAAAAAUCAUGGAUUGUUAAAAUGAGAAGGGAGGGACAUAUGACCUAAUUUUGAGAGCAGUGCAAUGGGUUAAUAAAAACUGUUUUGUUAUUAGCCUGAUACCUAAUCACUAAUAUCUAAUGUUGUAAGCAUGCUUACUUUUCUUUAAAACACUAAUAUAGUCCUAUAACUAAGUACAUAUCUCUUAUUUGUACAGAUUACAAAAACGCAAGGCAUGAAUCUGUUAAAAACUUUUCUCUGGUAAUUUUUUUAAGCUGAUUGACCAGAAUCAACAGAAGCAUGAUUCAUUUUUCCAACUAAACAACAUUUGUACACAACUUUGUGGGUUCAUAUGUGGUUAUACCACUAACAAUACCUAUAUACAAUACAUAACGAACUAUGACGUAAACAGCUUGUUAUCAAGUCAAU